AUGGAAUUUCCACACAUGAUUCCUCUUGACUCUCGAGCCACCACUACUGAUCCUCUCCGUCGACCUGUCAUGACACCGUACAUGGUCCAGCCACCUUACAGCUCAGGUCCAGUGAACAGCCUCACGGCACCUCACUGCCAGGUUCCCAAUCCCAACCAAUUUGGAGGAUACCAAGGCCCGCCUACGCCUCCCCACCACUCAACGCCUUUCAAAAUAGAAUGUGUCGAUCGCCGACUUAUGAGACAUGAUAACGACCGCGGCCAAAUUCUCCUUUAUUCUCGGGAGAUGGAGUGUACAUAUGCUGAACAAGCACCUUCUCCGGCACGAAGCCAUUCGCAAGGCUCGAAUGUUGGAUCCUCGGGUACCAACCCAUCUAUGAGCUCGAGGACUAUCAUCUCCAACGAAACUCUCAACCCUGGUGAUCAGGUCAACUUCGAAACAGAAGUGGAUGAGCUGAUGAAAGCCAUCCAACGCAAGACAGACCUGCAAGCCGAUACAGUACAGCAGCCACUCACUGCUGGAAUGUCUCCUGCCAGCGAGGCAAGCUUUGGAAGUCAAAGAACACCAGGUCCUAUGGACAGCAGAUAUCUCUGCGAUGUAUGCGGGAAAAAACUUGCCGGAAGUACUCAUCUCGAAAUCCAUCUCAGGACACACACCGGCGAGAAGCCAUACAACUGUGACUUUCCUGGCUGCGACCUGACUUUCUCUCAACGUGGCAACCUCAAGAGUCACAGACUUCGUCACACUGACGAACGCCCCUUUGCUUGCGACAAGUGCGAAAAAAGAUUUUGUCAAAGGAGCAACCUUACUACCCACCUAAACACUCACCAAAGCCUCAAGCCCUUUGUUUGCAUUCUCGACGAUUGUAACAAGCCACUCACAACUCUCGGAAACAUGAAGACGCACCAAAACAAGUUCCACAAGAGGACACUCAAGGAACUAACAAUGAAGUUCGACAAAAUCAUUGCCUCGGGUGAGGAAAUCGCCGAAGCCGAUCGCGAGCUUUUUGAGUACUUCGCCACGCACUACAGGAACAGCAAUAAAGGGACGAAGGGAAGAGGAAAAGGCCGUAAAGUUGUGAAACGUAAGAUCGAGGCGUCCCAGUCUCCUCCUGCCAAUACCAUGACAGCUGUGCCCCAAUCUCCUCUCCCUCAAGCUCUCCCAAUCCCAGCGAAUCCUCACGGACUCCCUGUACCGGGCAGCCUCGCUUCCUAUAGUUUGACUCAGGACCCACCCGCUCCUAUCAACCACAUGUCUUGCCAGACUCAUAAUGGUGGCUAUGAGGUUUAUGACGUGCAUAGUCAUCACCACAUCCAGCCACCGAACAACAACGGCAUGCUAUACAAGACCAGUAGCACGCGUGAAACGGGCUACCACGGGCGCAUGCACUGA